AUGACGGAAGUGGCAUCUGAAGAAUCAGAAGAUGAAGAAAUGAAGGAAGUAGCUAGUGAAGGAUCUGAGAAAGCAAAAGAAAUAAAGGAUGAAACAUCUUACGGGAUUAAAGAAAGAGAACGAAAAGAUGAAGAAAAAGACGGGGAAGACGCUUCUUAUCCUCAGGUGUCCGAAGUUGAACUGGAAGACAAUGAUCAUACUUGUGAAGAUGAAGAAAUAAACGAAGUGGCUUGCAAAGCUUCUGAAAGAGGAGAAGAAAUAAUUUAUGUAAAUAAAAUUCCUGAUUCUCAAAUGCCUGAAGUGGAAGAAAGUGAAAAUGCGACUGUUAAGUUAAACGAAACUAAUAGUGAAGUUACGAAGUCGCAGUUAGCAAAUAUUGAACCAUUUGAAAGUGCAUGUGAUACAGAGAUGGGAGAAGCUGAUGUACAACUUACGCAGAGUGCUCCAGUACUGCAAAAAAAUUCGCCCACUUCGCAAACUGUGUGUGCGUCUCAUAGUGGAGGUUUUACGGACAAGGACUUGAUUCUAAACCCGGAUACUUCUGCUUGUAAAGAAUCGGAUUCUAUUCGCGACCCUGGUACAAACUUCGGAACUGGUCCGAGGAAACGGAGGUAA